AUGACCGACACGAACCCGAUUGAAAUUUUGUACAAGCGGGCAGAUGGUGUAGACAUCUUUAUGGACGUCUACAUUCCCUCAACAGCAUCCAAAGCAAGCCCGGCGUCGAUCCUGCUUUGGUGGCAUGGUGGCGGAUUACUCCAGGGCUCAAGGAAAGCUGUUGCACCGCACAUGUUGCAGGCCCCUGAGAAACACAACCUCUGCAUCGUGUCUGUGGACUACCGACUUGCUCCACAGACUCGCAUGCCAGGAAUUUUGGAGGAUUGUCUCGAUGCGAUAGAUUUUAUCCACGGAGUCCGUUUCGCCGAACAAACUGGACACCGUGCCAAUCCAUCCAAGAUUGUCGUGAGCGGCAGCUCGGCAGGCGGGUGGCUGUCUCUCCUAGCAGGAACUGGUAUCGGGUACAAGGCGUGUGGACUCCCUGCUCCGAGGCCUGUGCAGGGAAUUGUUGCUAUCUAUCCUAUUACAGACCUCCUUGACCCAUUCUGGAAGACUAAGCAACGUCCCGUGUCGUAUAUGGACCGGGUCAUUGACUUCAGUGAAGUGGAAUCGUUUGUCGACCCAACAAGCGCGAAGACGUCUUGGUCCGCCCCCGACGGAAAACGAUCGAUAUUUUAUCAUUACAUGGUUCAAGAGGCUAUACUGUCUUCUCUGUUGUUAGAUGGGACAAACAUCAAAGAAGAACACUUUAGCAUUGCUGCUGGAAUCAAAUUGAAGAAAGAUACCGUCAUCCCUCCAAUCUACAUCGUCACUGGAAACUCGGAUGGCAAGGUUCCACACGUUCAAUCCCUGGAUGUUGUAGCAGCACUUAAAGAAAUAGGGGAAGAGGUUGAAUAUGAGGAGCUGGAUGGGCUUGACCAUGGUUUCGAUAGAGAGGCUGAGUAUACGAUGGAUAAACUUUAUCAGUUCGUGGCGAAAGUGACCAAAUAG